AUGGAAAUUGAAAAAAAAGUGUUGUGUUUUUCUUCUAAAGAGAGUCACCGUGGGGUUGAUAUUGGGAAAAUGGUUGAGAAAUGUUUAAUGGAGUGGGAAAUAGAAAAUGUUUUCACAAUUUCUGUUGACAAUGCAAGUGCGAAUGAUGUGACAAUUGACUUUUUGAAAAAAAGUUUUCAAAACUCCAACAAGUGUCUUCUAAAUGGGAAAUGGAUGCACAUUCGAUGUGUUGCCCACAUUUUAAAUUUAGUGGUGCAAGAUGUCAUAAAAAAAGUUGAUAAGGCGGUUGGGAUAGUUCGAUGGGCGGUUAAAUGGAUUAGGCAAUCGCCUUCUAGAAUUCAUAAGUUUACCGAGUUUGCUAAGGUUGCUAAUCCCGGUAUAACAAAACACUUGAAGAGUGAUGUGCCAACAAGAUGGAACUAUACUUACCAUAUGUUGGACAUUACCCAAGCUUACGAAAAAACUUUUGAGAGAUAUGAUCUUGAGGAAUUUGAUUUUCGCGAGGAUCGCGCACCUAUUUUAGAUACAUCAGUGAUACGAGUAAAUAUGGCAGCAACUCCCCAAAAUGUUGAGAUGGAAGCAGCAAAGUUCCUGCAUAAGCUUAUCCAGGAAUCCACUGACGAGCCCACAAAAUUGGCUACAAAACUGCAUGUGAUUUUGCAGCAUAUGAGAUCCAGUGGAAAGGAAAAUUCAAUGCCAUACCAAGUUAUAUCAAGGGCUAUGGAGACAGUUAUAAAUCGACAUGGUCUUGACAUUGAGGCUUUAAUGUCACAAAGACAACCGUUGACCAGUGGGAGUCAACCCGGAGAUUCAUCCUUAUCCCAAAUUGCAGGUCCUUCACAACAAACUGCAGUGGAAAAUGACUCCAAAAAACCUCUAACUACUGAAGACACAGCAAAAAUUGCAACAUUUUCAAGCAAACCGUUACAUGGUCCUAGCAGUGCUGGUCAUGAUAUCUAUCAAGGAUCUGCAAAUCAACUUAACUCUAUGAAGAGUCAUGGAUCAAAUGCUGGUCUCUCUGGUUCAUAUGAAUCAUCAGAACCUGGGAACCCACUAUCCAUGCAGUUCAGCAAUUCAUAUGAUAACCAGACUGCUGCAAUGUUGAUGCAUAAAACUCCAGCGGGAAAGGCAUUGGAUCAUGAAGGAGGAUUUUCAAAUGUGAUGGCAAAUGCAAGCAAGACACUUCCAGGUGGCAUCUCAAACAAUGUUGCUGAAAUGGGAUUGCUUCGAAAUGAAGCUUCAAGAGAUACUGGAAAAUUACCAAUUGUACAGGCUUCUCCAGCUGGAUCUUCCAUGCCUUUUAAGGAACAUCAUUUAAAACAGCUCAGAGCUCAAUGUCUUGUAUUUUUAGCCUUCAGGAAUAACUUAAUGCCUAAAAAGUUGCAUCUUGAGAUUGCACUGGGGAACUUCUUUUCCAAGGAAGAUACAUCUAGCAAAGAACACAUUGACCAAAAGGGAAAAGACCAAUCUAUUGGAGGCCAGAGCAGCAGUGGAUUCAUUUCAGAAAUGAAAGAAGGCGAAAAACUCGACAAAAUGAUAGAUAAAAAUGAGCCACCUUAUGGUCUCCCUGAACAUGUGGAGGGAAUGAGAAAUACCAUGAUUCCAAGAAAAGCUGAGCCAGAAAUGCCAGCCUUUGAAACAAAGGAACUACAAACAUCUGCACUCAAAGUAGCACAAUCAGACCCUACUAACAUUCCACUACAUGCUGAUACCCAAGGAAAUCGACUUGGGCAUAAUAGUCAUUUGCCAAGCUGGAAGUCUCAUUCAGGAAUGGAAGGUGAAAGGCACAUGGUGGUGGUGAAGAAUGCUAAUGUUCUUGAAAAGGAUGUAAUGCUUGCAGGAAACAAUCGUGAGGGAGAAGAUACUUCUGAACUAAGUACUUCACCAGCAUCACCAAAGUAUACCACCUCUGAAAAAUGGAUUGCAGAUUGCAAAAAGAGAAAAGUUGCUGCUGAUAAUAACUGGAAAGCUAAAAAGAUGAAAACAGAGCAAAGGAUCUCGGUUUGUGUUGAGAAGUUAAAGGAAACAGUUAGUUCUUCUGAAGACAUUUCUGCAAAAACCAGAAGUGUCAUUGAGUUAAAAAAGCUUGAACUUUUGAAUCUCCAGCGUCGACUGAGGAAUGAUAUACUGAAUGAUUUUUUUAGACCUAUAUCUAAUGAGGUGGAUCGCUUGAAAUCAAUCAAGAAACAUAGGAUAGGAAGAAGAUCAAAGCAACUCGAGAGGUAUGAACAGAAGAUGAAGGAAGAGAGACAAAAAAGAAUUCGAGAAAGACAAAAGGAUUUCUUUGGUGAACUGGAAUCACACAAGGAAAGACUGGAAGAUUUACAUAAAUAUAGGAGAGAAAGGGCAAAGGGGUUUAACAAGUACGUAAGAGAGUUCCAUAAAAGGAAAGAAAGACUUUAUCGGGAGAAGAUUGACAGAAUCCAACGGGAAAAGAUCAAUCUUUUAAAAAUCAAUGAUGUGGAGGGUUAUCUUCGAAUGGUUAAGGAUGCAAAAUCGGAUCGAGUGAAGCAACUAUUGAAAGAGACCGAGAAGUAUCUCCAGAAGCUUGGAUCAAAGCUGAAAGAGGCAAAAGUUAUCAGCAGAGCCUUUGAAGCAGAUAAUGGUCUAAAUGAUAACAGUGAAUUUACUAUUGAGAAUGAAGACGAAACAGACCAGGCCAAGCAUUACAUGGAGAGCAAUGAAAAGUACUAUUUAAUGGCUCAUAGUGUCAAAGAACUUGUAGCAGAGCAGCCAGCAACUCUCAUCGGUGGAAAAUUGCGAGAGUAUCAGAUGAAUGGAUUACGAUGGUUACUGUCACUAUACAACAACCAUUUGAAUGGAAUUCUAGCAGAUGAAAUGGGCCUGGGGAAAACUGUUCAGGUUAUAUCUUUACUGUGUUACCUAAUGGAAAAUAAAAAUGAUAGAGGGCCAUUCUUGGUGGUUGUACCUUCCUCUGUUCUACCUGGAUGGGAGUCAGAAAUUAACUUCUGGGCUCCAACCAUUAACAAAAUUGUCUAUUCUGGACAUCCUGAGGAGCGAAGGAAGUUAUUCAAGGAAAAGAUUGUUCAGCAAAAGUUCAAUGUUCUUUUAACAACCUACGAGUAUCUCAUGAACAAGCAUGAUAGGCCAAAACUGAGCAAGAUACAUUGGCAUUAUAUUAUAAUUGAUGAAGGGCAUCGCAUCAAAAAUGCUUCUUGCAAGUUAAAUGCUGAGUUGAAGCAUUAUAAUAGCUCUCACAGAUUGCUUUUGACUGGAACUCCUUUGCAGAACAAUCUUGAGGAACUGUGGGCAUUGCUUAACUUUCUGUUGCCAAAUAUUUUUAAUUCAGCUGAGGAUUUUUCUCAGUGGUUCAACAAACCUUUUGAAAGUAAUGCAGAUAACUCCCUUGAAGAAGCUUUGCUCUCUGAGGAGGAGAAUCUAUUAAUCAUAAAUCGUCUUCACCAAGUUCUCAGACCAUUUGUUCUUAGGAGACUGAAACACAAGGUUGAAAAUGAGUUGCCUGAAAAGAUAGAGAGACUUGUAAGAUGCGAAUCUUCUGCAUAUCAGAAGAUAUUGAUGCAGAGAGUAGAAGACAAUAUGGGUGCAUUUGGUGCUACCAAGAGUCGAUCAGUGCACAAUUCUGUUGUUGAGCUACGAAAUAUAUGCAAUCAUCCUUACCUCAGCCAACUUCAUACAGAACAGGUCCAUGAUUUCAUUCCCAAGCAUUUUCUUCCUAAUGUGAUAAGAUUUUGUGGGAAGCUUGAGAUGUUAGAUCGACUACUACCCAAACUAAAAGCUACAGAUCAUCGGGUUCUUCUGUUUUCAACAAUGACUAGGCUGCUUGAUGUGAUGGAGGAUUAUUUAUAUUACAAACAGUACAAGUACCUUCGCCUAGAUGGACAUACAAGUGGUGGUGAUCGUGGGUCCUUAAUUGACCAGUUUAACAAACCUGGAUCUCCAUUUUUCAUAUUCCUUCUCAGUAUACGUGCUGGAGGUGUUGGAGUGAAUCUUCAAGCUGCUGAUACAGUUAUCAUUUUCGACACGGAUUGGAACCCACAGGUUGAUCUGCAAGCACAGGCUAGAGCUCACAGAAUUGGUCAGAAGAAGGAGGUGCUUGUUCUUCGGUUAGAAACGGUUAAAUCGGUUGAAGAACAAGUUAGAGCUUCAGCUGAGCACAAACUUGGAGUUGCUAAUCAGAGCAUUACUGCUGGUUUCUUUGACAAUAACACAAGUGCUGAAGACCGAAGAGAAUACUUGGAGGCCUUGCUGCGUGAAUGUAAGAAAGAAGAAGCUGCUCCUGUUUUGAAUGAUGAUGGUCUUAAUGAUCUUAUAGCCAGGAGUGAGUCUGAAAUUGACGUAUUUGAGGAACUCGAUAAAAAAAGGCAGGAAGAAGAGAUGGCUCUGUGGAAACAGGUGGUAUCAGAACAAGGGGGGACAAGUGAUGAAGUCACACCUCCCCUUCCUUCUAGACUUGUAACAGAAGAUGAAAUGAAAUCAUUCUGUGAAGCUAUGAAGGCAAUUGAAGUUCCAAAACCAGUUGUUAUACCUGGCUAUGGAGGUAAAAGGAAGAGUGAGCUUGGGAACUUGGACACACAUAAUUAUGGAAGAGGAAAACGAGCAAGAGAGGUGAGAUCUUAUGAGGAGCAAUGGACAGAAGAUGAAUUUGAGAAAAUGUGUCAAGUUGAAGCACCAGAGUCACCAAACGCCACCAAGGAAGAAGGGGACUUGGCUGGUGGUGUCAGUGUCACAACUACUGAAUCUGGCAUGGUUACUGGUGCAGAAGGCACAGGGUUGCCAAACAUACAACACCCAAUGCAACCUCCUCCACCUGCAGCUUUCUCAGUUCAACAAAUCGGGGCAAGUCCACCAAUGAAACGGGGUCGUGGAAGGCCGCCUAAAAAGAAACUCCCUGGAAUUGGAGUUCCACCUCCAAUGGCGGCUCUUCAGGUUUCUCCAUUACCUGUUCCUCCACCUCUUCAUCCGAUUGGUUUACAGAUUGCUCCUCCUCCUCCUACUGUUGCUACCCCUUCUGUUCCCAAGUCAACCCCCUCUGAUGGUGGUCAGUCAACUGUUACUUUGCCUUCUGCUACCCUGUCUGUGCCACCUGGUUUUCAGCCACCAGCCAGUCAUCCUCCUGGCUUUCAACCGACAGUCGCUCCUCCUCCUGGUUAUAAACCACUCACCUCCCCCCCUCCGGGCUAUCAGCCAAUCACCACCACACCUCCUGGUUAUCAACCAAUAGCCACACCCACAGCCACAGCCACUCCUCCACCCCCUGGAUUCCAACCCAAAAUCACUCCACCUCCUCCUCAGGCCACCACCAUCACUCCUUUGUCAACCUCUACCCCCCCUCCUAGUUCUCAACCAACCACCACCAUGACUCCUCCCAACCAGAAUAUCCCCACUCCUAGCACUCUUUCAACCCCUACAUUACCCGUUUCAAUCCCAGUGUUCUCUCAUGACUCACAGUCUGCUAUAUCUCCAUCAGUGACACCUGGGAGUGGUAGGGGUAGGGGUAGAGGUAGGGGUCGGGGUCGGGGUAGACCACGAGGUAGAGGUAGAGGUAGAGGCCGUGGUCAAAUAAUUGGAAGUAGUGGAGUUGAUGAGGCUGAGGCUGAGGCUGCACCUGAGCCACAGCCACAACCUCAACAUACAGUUACAAAGCAACAUCAUGUGGUAUUAGCUAUGCCAGGUCUUCGUACAUCUUCUCUAAUCAACAUGUCAGAAACACUUCCCUCCACCACCAAUGAGCCUCUAGUUUCCACCUCAACUGCUGUCAGUAACACUCCAGCAGCAGCUCCAGGGAUUGUUAGUAUACCUGCUGUAACAGUAACACCACCCUCUUCUGAAACUUCUAAAUCUGAUAUACCAAUACCAGAACCAUCUGUCCCUGUUGAAUCUCUACCUACAUCUUCUACUUUGCCGGAAGUCAGUCAGGCUGUGCCGGAUACUGAUGUGGGGGCUACACCGACACCACUUCCAGUUUCUGUUGAUUCUCAGGUCACCGAGCUUCAAACUACGAGUGCUCAGGCAGUCGCUCCAGUUACCACUGAGCUUGAAACAGCCACCCCAGUUGCCACCGGGGUUGAAAAUUUGAGUUCUUCGGCAGCCACCACGACAUCACCACUGCCUCCGGUUUCUGUUGAUGCUCAGGCCUCUGAGCUUGGAACUUUGAGUUCUCCAGCAGCCACCUUAGUUGGUACUCCGGAACCCACCAAACUUGUCACCGCUCCAGUUGGUACUCCGGCAGCCACCCCACUUGUCACCACUCCAGUUAGUACUCCGGCAGCCGCCCCACUUGUUGGUACUCCGGCGGCCACCCCACUUGUCACCACCUCAGUUGGUACUCCAGCGGCCACUCCACUUGUCACCACUCCAGUUGAUAUUCCAUCAGCCACCCCAGUUAGUACUCCGGCAGCCACUCCACUUGUUGGUACUCCGGUAGCUGCCCCAGCUAGUACUCCGGCAGCCACCCCACUUGUCACCACCUCAGUCGGUACUCCGGCGGCCACUCCAGUUGGUAUUCCAUCAGCCACCCCAGUUAGUACUCCGGCAGCCACCCCAGCUAGUACUCCGGCAGCCACCCCACUUGUUGAUACUCCAGCAGUCACCCCAAUUGAAUCUCCUUCUGAAUCUGCACCGAAACAAGGUAGAGGAAGAGGAAGGAAGGUUCAAAGUAGAGCGGAGGCACCGCGUCGCAGGGAAAGGAGGAAACUGGACACAGUAGAAGCUCAGGAGCAAAAACCUAAUGAACCACCACAGAAGAGGACACGAGCCUCUUCUAGUAGAAAAACUGUUGCUACAAGAAGUAUGUUAAGAAAUGAAGCUCAGAAGAUGAUGGACAUGGAUGAUGAUCAGUCCACCCAAGCUGCUUCUAAGUUAGCAGAAACACCACUCAAAGAUUCCCCAGAUGUGAAACAACAGUCAAGCAAUGUAGCUGACAGCAUAAAUCUCCAUGAGGAGAAGAUUGAGGAACAAAAUGACAUUUCAGUGACAACUGAAUCACAAUCAAAGACUGAUGAUGCUGUUGACGAUACCAAGUCCAAGGAAGAAUCGGAUUCCAAAAAACUAAUGGAGGUUGAAAGCGAGUCAAAAUCAGAGACUCAGUCUAAACCCUCUGAAGAAGUUGAGAUUAAUCAGCCUCAAAAAGAUGAGGUGUUGAAGGCAGAAACAGAGUGCAGUGCUUCAGAAGAUGGUGGCAAGAAUGAAGAGAAAGAUCCUGUAAUGAAGGAUGGAGACACGAAUCCUGCUGCUGUUGAAGAAAAUGUGCAGAUUGAAACUGAAGCCACUGCCUCUAAAGAUGUGGAGGAUACCAACAAGACAUCACCACAGAGUAAAUCAUGUGAAGAGGUGAAGGAUGGUUCUGAAGGAGAAACCAAACAUGAGAAAGAGAACCUGGGAGAUGGCAAUGGCAUUGAAACAAAUAACUCUGAAAACGUUGAGGAUGCUUCCCAGAAAGAAAGUGAAUCCAGUGUGAUUAAGGAGGAUGUGUCUCAAGCUGAAGCACUUCCUGUGAUUACAGGGGAUAAAGAAGAAGAGCAAGAGAAAUCUUGUGAAAAGAUGGAGACGGAAGCCAAACCUUGUGAAGAUGAUGACAAUGAUAACAAGAAGCAGGAGGGAGAUGAUGCCCAAAUUGAAACACCAAAUGAAUCAGAGAAAGAGAAAGAGAAACAAGAAGGUUCCACUGAAAGUGGUCUGAAUAAAUCGGGGACAACACAGGAAGCAGAGGAACAAAAUGAUCCAACAAUUAAAACACAACAAGAACAAGACCAAGACCAAGACCAAAAUGAUGACUAGUAGGCUAAGGCUAAGGCU